GUCCUUUCCCGUUCGCCAAGUGAUGCGGGUGAUGUCACGGUCUGUUUUCGAGCUGAGCGGCGGAGGACAGUGAUGGCGCUCGCCGCGCGGUUCCUGGUCUCCCUUUAACAUCAGUGGCGGGCAUCAGAAUGGACGGGCAUGUCAUUCCCGACCAAGAGCAGCUCCUGAUAUUUUUAAAGAAGCUCAAAGAGGUGUUCGAUGUUUGUGACGACGAUGCGGACGGAUACAUUAGUGUUGAGCAUUUCGUGGAUCUUGGAUUGCAGUUCGGGCAAGGAGAUGAGGUGAAGAAGCUGUCCAGAUACCUGGACCCCAACGCACAGGGGCGCAUCAGCUUCAGAGACUUCUGCCACGGAGUGUUCGCCAUCAAAGGCUGCGAGGAGCUCCUGAAGACCUCGCUGGGGACCCCCAGCAUUGGCCGGCGAGCGUACGAAACAGACAAUGGAUACUACUAUCAGGAGGACGCGGCGGGACGUCCCGUCGUCAUGUGCGCGCGGCCGUACCCCGCCUGCCCCCCGUUUCCCGAUGAGGAGGAGGGGCCGGGCCGAGAGGCGCGGGAGUCGGACAUGGACAGCGCGGUGGAGAGCGCUCCGGGCUCCGAAACCUCGGAGGGGGGCCGGCCCGGGGACAAGGACGAGGGCCUCGGGGGGCUGUUCCUGCCCGGAAACAAGUGUGGUCAGAUGAACCCCUCGGUGACCUCUGACCUGUCCACGCGGUCGUCGGCCUCCCUGAACGAGGAGCAGUUCGAGGACUACGGAGAGGGGGAGGACGUGGACUUCAGUCCCAGCAGCCCCUGCCCUGAUGACGAGACCCGCACCAACGGGUACUCCGACCUGGGCUCCUCUGUUCCGUCCAGCGCCGGGCAGACCCCGCGGAAGAUGAGGCACUUGUACAACAGCGAGCUGAUGGACGUGUACUGCUCCCAGUGCUGCAAGAAGGUCAACCUGCUCAACGACCUGGAGGCGCGCCUCAAGAACCUCAAAGCCAACAGUCCCAACAGGAAAAUCUCAAGCACAGCCUUCGGACGGCAACUCUCCCACAGCAGCAACAUCAGCAGCAGCAACGGCAGCACGGAGGACCUGUUCAGAGACAGCAUCGACUCCUGCGACGUCGACAUCACCGAGAAGGUCAGUUAUCUAGAGAAGAAGGUGUCGGAGCUGGAGAAUGACAGUCUGAUGAACGGCGAUCUCAAGUCCAGGCUGAAGCAGGAGAACACACAGCUGGUCCACAGGGUGCACGAGCUGGAGGAGCAGCUGAAGGACCAGGAGGCGCGGGCGGAGCAGACCAUGGAGGAGGAGCUGAAGAGACAUCGGGAGGCCUACAGCAAGAUGGAGAGGGAGAAGACCACCGAGAUAGAGCUUCUCAGUAACCGGGUCCAGCAGCUGGAGGAGGAGAACGGAGAGAUGAACGCUAGCAUGAACCGGCUGAAGUCUCAGACAGAGAAACUGGAUGAGGAGAAACAGCGGAUGACUGAUAGACUGGAGGACACCAGUCUGCGGCUGAAGGAUGAGAUGGAUCUCUACAAGAAGAUGAUGGACAAGCUGAGGCAGAACAGACACGAGUUUCAGAAAGAGCGGGAGGCCAUGCAGGAGCUGAUUGAGGACCUGCGGCGGGAGCUGGAGUACCUGCAGCUGUUCAAGCUGGAGACGGAGAAGCCGGGCCGCGGGCGCCUGUCCUCCUGCAGCCUGUCCGAGUUCAGCGCCAAGUCGCGCGAGAUGGAGCUGGAGCACGAGAUCAAGCGCCUGAAGCAGGAGAACCAGAAGCUGCGGGACCAGAACGACGACCUGAACGGCCAGAUCCUCAGCCUCAGCCUGUACGAGGCCAAGAACCUCCUCGCCACGCAGACGAAAGCCCAGUCGCUCGCCGCCGAGAUCGACAGCGCUUCCCGAGACGAGCUUAUGGAGGCCCUGAAGCAACAGGAAGAGAUCAAUUUCCGCCUCAGGCAGUACAUGGACAAGAUUAUCCUGGCCAUCCUGGACCACAACCCCUCUAUCCUUGAGAUCAAGACCUAGACAUCACCGUUGAUGGAAAAGGAAAAAAGAGCCACACUGAGCAGACAGCACCCCCUACAGCCCGGGGGGUGUGCACUGCACCAUCACAGCCACUGGAACUAAAGUCAUUCUGUGUUUACAAAAGGAGUUUUGGUACUUCACUGUAGUAAUGUGUGAAUCACAAGAGAUGUUGAUAUCGUUCAUUGCACUGCACUUCCCCCCAACCACCCCCCUCACCCGCCCCCCCCCCGAAUUUUUCGAGUAUAUUUGUCAUUGCUACUGUUGAAGUUUAAAAAAUAAUCAUAAUUAAAGGAGGAAGUCAUUUUUUGUGUUCUUAAAAUGGAAGUGUUUAAGUUUUGCGUAAGUACUAGCUGUGGGUAUACAGGCGCAGUGUUGCACAAAACGGCAGCGGUAUGUACAUAUGUGGAGGUAAACCGUAUGAAUGCAUACGCAGGGAAAGAGAACCUCUGAUAGACAGUCGACCCCCCCCCCCUUCCCCCCUCCCCGUUAACAGUGACUGUAAUUAACGCCAAACCGCGCACAGAAGCCCCCGGAGAUGGCCGGUGCGGUGGGGGAGCUGGUCAGGUUUCUGAAUGGCGUGUAGGUCGAUUUGAGAAUGUGUGACGUGGCGAGUGAGGGUGUGCGUUAGCUGCUGGUGGCAGCGGUGCAGGACAGCUGCUGCAGGGAGCAGGCUCGGAGUGCUGCGUUUGGGCUGACGACCCGUUGCACAGCGGCAGCACCACACCGCAGACAGCCGGAGCCAAGGCCUCAUGCCUGGUUAGGAUGGAAUGUUCUUUUACCUGAGGUGAAAGGAUGUGGAUGAUGAGUCAGAUAAGGCGUUUACGAUGAAAUGCGUUUAUGAUCUGCGCCGUGUGCACCUAGUGGCAUCUGUGUGUGGGGGGGUGGGGUGACUGUGUGACUGCAGAUUGUGGAGGCCAGUGGGUUCAAGGAUGUUGCCUGGAAGGGAUUUGAUGAGAAGGUUGGAUACUGCCAGUCUGUGUGAGGCGUACUGAGGCCUCUGAGAUCCUGAAAUCUUUUAGACCUGAGCGAUGUGCCGGGACCACAUGACCCUACAUGGCGCCUCAGUUCGGCUUCCUCAGCUUCUCGUGUGUAAGGGAGAACAGCCUGAGGGGGGCGCUGUUGAGCUGCUGUUCACAGAGAGCAGAUCUCUGCUGGAGAGCUGGCGCCGUUUCGCUCACCCCAACGGGUCCAAAACGCGCAGCGCUGCUGCACCCGCCCGAUAACGCACGCGAGGGCUUCCCUCGGGACCAACGCUCCCCAAACUGAGGACGGUAAUUUUGAAAACGGUCGUCAAAUUUCGAUUAACCGGCGCAUAACACGGUCGCGUUUUUGAGUAAGCCCUUCCUGGUUGUGGGCCCGGUUUGUUUUGGAUACGUGACGCUUACGGCGUGCCACCACAACGCUGGGGGUUGGGGCUGAGGUUGGGGUACUCCUGGGAGGGAGAGACGAGGUGUAACGAGCAGGUGACCAGGUGCCCGUGGCUGGGGGACUUGCUCAAGGGAGGGAGGGAGAGAGGGGGGGAGACAGUAGGCCCCUUGGUGGAGCAGCAUAGAGAGCUGAGUGUAAACGCAGCUGCACAAUGGAUUUGCGUAGCAGUGCUCUGGACUUUUUUUUUUUUUUUAAUCAGCUACAGUGGUGUGAUGACUGUGUGCAGCAGGAACGCAGUGCCAGGCUCCUCUUCACUUUCGUUGCUGAUUCAGUGUGAACAGCACGCUCAUAGGUCUUUGUUCAGCUGAGAAGUUCCACAGGGUGGUUUUAAAGAGGGACGAGUUUUAAUGAGAUGCUGACCAACGUUUUCACAAAGCGUCCCAUUGUCCCGCAAACAGGUUGCGCUUCAUUUCGCUGCCCUGACUCUCCGCUGCUCUACCCGCCGCUCCCCCCACCCACUGCUAAAGCUGGCACAGUGAAGGCCAAGGCCGGGCAUGACGGGCAGAAUCCUUAGUCACUCGCAAUCGCGUGAAAGCGGGGCGGUU